AGUCAGUUCUUAAUGUGGUAGUGUUUAUUUCUCAAGACUUAAUUAAUUAAACCCAACUCUGCCAAAUUUAAACCGAAUUUCUAGUGUUCGCAAUCACGAAAAUCGAUAACCGCUCCAUCGAUAGUAUAAUCAACGGAUGUCGUCCGACUAGUGUGUGUUAAUUAUUUUAUUUACAAAGACGUAAUUUGAAGGUUGUCUGUUUGACAUAUUAAUUAACUCAUCGUACAACAACAAUAUCGGAUUGCUCAUUAUCUUUGUAAAUUCCCUCGUAUAUCAGCGAGAUAAUGCUCGAAGCAAUUUAAAACUAAACCCAUUUCAGGGAUGCUCCAUUGCCAAAUCAAAAAAAAAUAUCAUUGAUAAAUUAUGUGAUAGUUCUUCGUUCUACUCCAAGUUACGCCAUGGGGCCGGAGUUAAUGUGCAUGCUGUGUCUGCUCCAGUACGCUUCAGCCGAAAUCUAUGCAAUUCGAUUUGAUUCGCAGCUAUAUUUUGAAGAGUUCGAAGACGCCCCUGCAACCUUUGGCAGAAAAUUGUCAGAUGGAGUAGUCGUCCGCGGCGUCUUGGUGAACGCCGAGCCUCCAGACGGUUGCGCCGAGCUCCAGCCGCCCCCGUCCGACGAGAACGAAACGGGAAAAUGGAUAGUGCUGAUGCCCCGGUACACUGAGAAGAGGAACUGUUCCUUCGAGCAGAAGGUGCGCACGGGCCAGGCCGCCGGCUACGACGCCGUGGUGGUCCACAAUGUCAACUCCAACCAGCUGGUGCCGAUGUCCGCCAAGAACGAUACAGGUAUCAACAUCCCGUCCGUGUUCGUGAGCGAAUCCUCCGGACUCAUGUUGAAGAAGAUCUACGCGGAUCCCAAAUACUUUAUUGUGAUAACGGGGGAAUCGCCGUUUAAUAUACAAACGCAUCUGCUGAUUCCGUUCGCUAUCGUAGUGGGGAUCUGUUUCAUUGUGAUGAUUAUAUUUUUGGUGGUGAAGUGCAUUAAGGACAGAAGGAGGCAGAGGCGGCACAGACUGCCUACUUCCACACUCAAUAAAAUACCAAUUUGUAAAUACCAGAAAGGGGAUCCGUAUGAGACCUGUGCUAUUUGUUUGGACGAUUAUAUCGAGGGGGAGAAGUUGAGAGUUCUUCCAUGUAACCAUGUAUACCACACCAAGUGCAUAGACCCAUGGCUGACCAAGAACCGCCGCGUCUGCCCCAUCUGCAAGCGCAAGGUGUUCGCCCACGACGAGCCCCAGCACGACUCCGACAGCGACACCGACGCCGACGACACGACGCCCCUCAUCAACUCCAGCAACCGGGGCACCCAGGGGGGCACCUUCCAGCCGCAGAGCGAGAACCCCAUCCAGCGGGCCGUGCGCUCGAUAUCGCAGCAGUCCGGAGCCGUCAACUUCGUGACGGCAUCCGACCACCACAGCAUCAACGGGGACUACCAGAGCUGCCACAGCUCGACGACGGGAUCUGAGGAGUGUCUCUUGCGGAACGAGGGCGAGAACGCUUGUGAUAACCUAGACGAGGUCCACGUUCACACCCAGCCCGAGGUGGCGAGCGUGGCCAGCAGCGGCGACGUGCACGUAUGAUUUCUUAUGUUUGAUUAUUUUAGAGUUUAGGUUGCUUUUAUGACCUUCUAGUCUUGUACGGAAGUUUAAGAUUCGUAUAGGAUCACGGAACGUGCUGGUGCUAUUCGUUUUGUUGAUUAAAUUUACUCGAUGACUGUAUUUAAUUUCGUUGACCUUGAUGAUUUGUGACUGGGGAGGGUUGCGCUCGAGGCGCGGCCGAGCGCUGCGGCUCGAGGGGCGAACUGGCACACCUGUAUAUGUAAGCUUACAAGUAAAUAUAUUUUUUGAUGGUU